AUGAGUAACUCUGAAGGUCCGAGACAGCUGGUGCUGUGCUUUGAUGGUACAGGAAAUACCUUCAAAACAGAUGGCACCGAAACCAAUGUCUUGAGAAUUUGUCGCAUGUUGGAUCGGUCGGACUCUCAACUAUGCUACUAUCAACCUGGAAUUGGAACCGACAUCACUCCGGGCUCACUGGCCAGCAACACCCUGCAGAAGGGUGGUAAGCUGAGUAACAGCAAAGCUUUGAACUUGGCACUAGGAAAGUCUUUCGAUGCUCAUGUCUUGGGCGGAUAUAAGUUUUUGAUGCGCCAUUUUCGCUCAGGGGACAAGAUCUUCAUCUUCGGCUUCUCUCGAGGAGGGUAUGUCGCACGUUUCUUGAACGAAAUGCUCGACUUUGUAGGCCUUCUUGGCCCUGAUAACGACGAAGUACUUCCGUUCAUCUGGGAUGCCUGGGCUUCUUGGAAAUUGAGUAUCAACAACAAGAAGAGUGAGGCGAAGAGAAGGCUAUAUCAGAUCAUGAAAGAUUCUCGAGAGAUACUUUCGCGGCCACUGCCACGCGUGCAUUUUCUGGGCAUGUUUGAUGCUGUGAACAGCGUGGCUGACUUUGAGGUCAACAUAGACCGCGCUCCCAGCGCCAAAGUGAUCCGACAUGCAGUGAGCAUCGACGAGCGACGUGUCAAGUUCCGGCCUGUUUUGCUACGGUCCGAGAAAGCUGAAACGCAUGGCUCUGAAAGCAAACACCGGAAUCUUUUCGGGGCUAAUUCUGAAGACAAAUCUGCAAAACCACAUGAAGAGGACUUGAUUAAACAUUCUCCUGUGGAUGACACCGAGGGGAUAGCCGCUUCUGAUGCCCCAGAAAACUCACAUAGAACAAAACCUCUCAGUCUCACCAUUUCGGAGGAUUCUAAGGACGAAGAAGAGGAUGAUGGCACACAAGAUGAGGAGGAGGUCUGGUUUCCGGGCUGCCAUACAGACAUCGGAGGUGGAUUCGUCAGGGCAGAGAACGAAGAAUAUCAACUGAGCCAUGCUCCGCUUGUCUGGGUGAUACAAGAGGCAAAGAAGAGAGGACUGAGACUGAAUGAAGAUGUCAUGAAGGAGCUGCAGUGCAAAGGAGAAAUCGAUCAUUCGGCCUGUUCAAACACACCCGGAGAAGCGACUAACAAUGAACAGUUUGAAGCUUCAUUGCAAGUCGGCGCUACCAAAGGAAAGAUUCACGAUCUACUCUCAUAUGAAAGCGGGCGGUCUCCUAUUUCUGUUCUAUCCUGGCGCUUGAUUGAAUACCUCCCACUUCGUCGGAUGGAGCUACAGCCAAAUGGAGACUGGGAAUCGAAGCGCUGGCCGCCAUCUCGUGGUGAGACUCGUGGUAUCCCUGUCGGAGCCAAUAUACAUGUCUCCGCUAUUCAGCGGAUGAAAGCUGAUCCAUCUUACCGUCCCGAUAAUUUGAUUUUUGGUCAGGAUACUGAAAACGGGGGGGUUGGGAAUUGGGUGGUCUCUGGGUAUGAAGGUGACCCUGUACGGGAGACAUAUGUCCGGAAUUCGGCUCGCAAAUGA